GAAUAUAGGCAUUUAUCAAAUAGAAAGAAUCAAGAAUCACAAAACGAGAAAAUCUUGGAAGAAAUAAUUUCUAAGACAGAAUCUUUAUCCAUUAGUUCUCAUGAUAACCAUGCCAGUAUUUCCAGGGUCUUCACUAUGUACAUAAAUCCUUUGGUGUUGACAGCCUUAUCCGCAUUUGUGCGAUUGUAUCGUAUAGAUGCAUCGAAUAAAGUGCUAUGGGAUGAAGCUCAUUUUGGCAAGUUUGGUUCCUACUACUUGAAGCAUGAAUUCUACUUCGAUGUUCACCCUCCGUUAGGAAAGUUACUAGUUGGUUUAUCUGGUUACUUGUCAGGCUAUGAUGGAAAUUUUCUGUUUGACAGUGGAAUAGAGUAUGGUGAUAAUUGCAACUACGUAAUGAUGAGAUGCUUCAAUUGUAUGUUCAGUAUAUUGUGUACCCCAAUUGCUUACAAGACUUCCGAGUCACUUGGCUUUAGCCAAUUGACUACCUGGUUUAUUUGUUUACUGGUUAUUUUUGAGAUGAUAUCAUUGACAUUGUCAAAAUUUAUUCUUUUGGACUCCAUGUUACUCUUCUUUACAAUGUUGGCUUUUUACUGCUUAGUGAAUGUUCACAAUGCUAGAGUGAAGAAUCGGCUACUUUCGCGACAAGGAACAAAAGCUCUAAUACUCACUGGAUUUUCAAUUGGAUGUGUGUGUUCUGUAAAGUGGGUCGGACUAUUCGUAACUUCUGUUAUUGGUCUCUACAUUAUUUACGAUUUAUUGAUUAAGUUCUACCAACUAAUAUCUACGGACCAACUUGGACUCAAAGAAUAUAUUUUUCAUUGGAUUUCGAGAAUAUUAACUUUAAUAAUAUACCCGUUUGUAAUUUAUUUGCUAUGCUUCAAAAUCCAUUUCUUAGUGCUCAACCACUCUGGUCCAGGAGAUGGGUCUAUAUCCACAUUAUUGCAGGCAUCAUUGGAAGGAAAUAAGAUUAAGCAAGGCCCACGAUCGGUUGCCUUCGACUCACUUGUUACACUUAGAUCUCAGGGCCUCUCCCCCAAUUUACUUCAUUCACAUGAUCAUUCUUAUCCAGAAGGUUCGCAAUUGCAACAGAUAACAACGUACGGCUUCAAGGACGACAAUAAUGAUUUCGUAAUUAAAGCCGAUAAAUUUCUUGAACGAUCUUCAGGCGUAGUUGAAACUCUGGACACCCUACUUAAACAUGGAGAUACAAUUAGACUCAUGCACAAUAAAACCAGAUGCUUCUUACAUUCUCAACCUAUUCUGGCACCAAUAUCAGACAAUCACUAUGAGGUAUCUUGCAUAUCAGAAUUGGAGGUAAAUGACUUCAGAAAUUCAUGGACAGUUGAAGUACAGGGCCAAGAAAAGUCUGAAUCUCCUUUUUUCCAAAGCGAGAGCGAAGAUGAAGUUCAUCCUAUUUCAACCAAUUUUCGAUUAAAGCACAAGCAAUUGGGAUGCUAUUUGGCUACUACAGGGUAUUCAUAUCCUUCGUGGGGAUUUCAGCAGGGAGAGGUAGUCUGCAAGUAUGCAAUAUUAUCCAGGGACAAAACAACUUGGUGGAAUAUUGAAGACCAUUCCAAUAACAAGUUCGAGACACCUUCGGAAUCAUAUGUGCCUCCCAAACCUAAGUUCUGGAAAGAGUUUGUGUUGCUAAACUACGGUAUGCUUGCCUCAAAUAAUGCCCUUAUUCCAGACCCAGAUAAAUUUGAUAGAUUGAGUUCCGAAUGGUGGGAGUGGCCACUCUUACUUUCUGGAAUUAGGCUUGGCUCGUGGGGAGCAGAUGAUGUUAAGUACUUCUUAAUGGGUAAUCCAUUUAUAACUUGGUUCUCAACUUUCUCCUUGUUGAUUUUUAUUCUUUAUGUCGCAGCAUGUGCGGUGAUGCAUCAAAGGCAAAUCUUAUCAUAUAGUGUUCUUGGAGAGAACUGGAAUGAACUAUUGAUUCAAGGAAUUUUCCCUUUUCUAGCUUGGUUUUUGCAUUAUUUCCCCUUUGUCGUUAUGGGACGAGUAAAGUAUCUACAUCACUAUGUUCCAGCACUAUACUUCGCCAUAUUAGUAAGUGCAUUCGUAAUGGAAACAUUCAUAAGAAAGAGAUUGAAUCGUGUUAUUGUAUGCACAAUCUAUUUGAUUGCAUACAUAAUGAUUAUAGCAUCUUUCUGGUACUUAAAAGACUUCUCAUUGGGAAUGGAGGGCCCGCCAAGCAAGUUUAAGAAGUUGAAAUUUCUUUCAUCAUGGAUGCUAUGA